AUGCCACGACCACACCACAAUGUCCGGGUCACUACCAUGGAUGCUGAGCUGGAGUUUGCCAUCCAGCACAGCACAACUGGGAAGCAGCUGUUUGACCAGGUCGUGAAAACUAUUGGCCUGCGAGAAAUAUGGUUUUUUGGACUGCAGUAUAUCGACAGUAAAGGUUAUAGCACCUGGCUGAAACUCAAUAAAAAGGAAGUCCCACUGCAGUUCAAAUUCCGCGCAAAAUUUUACCCAGAAGAUGUUUCAGAAGAACUUAUCCAAGAAAUUACUCAGAAAAUGUUCUUCCUGCAAGUGAAGGAAGCCAUCUUGACUGAUGAAAUCUACUGUCCUCCAGAAACAGCUGUGUUACUUGCUUCCUAUGCCUGCCAGGCCAAGUAUGGUGAUCUCAGCGAAGACAAUCCCAAACCUGGUGUUCUGGCCAGCGAUCGGCUGCUUCCACAGAGAGUAUAUGAUCAACACAAGCUGACUAAAGAUCAGUGGGAGGAAAGAAUCAAAAGCUGGUAUGGAGAGCACAGAGGCAUGCUGAGGGAGGAUGCAAUGAUAGAGUACCUCAAAAUUGCCCAGGACUUGGAGAUGUAUGGAGUGAACUAUUUUGAAAUCAAGAACAAAAAAGGAACCGACUUGCUGUUGGGUGUGGAUGCCUUAGGUCUUAAUGUUUAUGAAAAAGAGGACAAGUUAACACCAAGAAUAGGCUUCCCAUGGAGUGAAAUCAGGAACAUCUCUUUCAAUGACAAGAAAUUUGUCAUCAAACCAAUCGACAAGAAAGCUCCAGACUUUGUUUUCUACGCUCCUCGUUUACGGAUCAACAAACGUAUCCUGGCUUUAUGUAUGGGCAACCACGAGCUUUAUAUGAGACGAAGAAAACCAGACACCAUCGAAGUUCAACAGAUGAAAGCUCAGGCCAGGGAGGACAAGUUGGCAAAGCAGCAAGAAAGGGCUCAGUUGGCUCGCAUGCGAAUGGAGCGUGAGGAAUCUGACAGACUGAGGAAGGAUUUAGAAGAAAAAGUUCGAAUAAUGGAAGAGGAGCAGAAGAGAAGAAUUAGAGAGCUGGAGGACUUGCAAAUCAUGGUUCGAGAACGUGAUGAGAAAGUUUGUGAACUCACUGCUUUGCGUGAAGACCUAGAGAGGGAGCGGCUCAAGGCUGCAGAACUGCAAAGGGAAAUAGAAUGUUCAAAGGAGAUGGAACUUUCUGAACGGCAAAGAUUGGCAGCAGAACUAGAAGCCGCCCAGUCUUCCCUCCAGGAAAGGCUGUAUGACAUUGAAGCCAAAGAGAAUGAGAUGUCUACUUUGCAUGUGGAACUGGAGAAUGCCAGGAAAAGUGCCGAAGAGAAGGAGUCUGAGCUGAGCCGUGUCUUGACCCACAGUCAGCAGCGAGAGCAGGAGCUGCAGGCUCAACUGCUGGUGCGUUCAGAGAUGAAUGACCAGCAUGAUGAAGGCGAGGAGAAUGAGGGUGAUGAUACCAAAGAGUUUGAUGCUGGGCUUACUGUAGAUGAAAACUCAUUGUCCAUGCCUAGACCUGAGGAAUCCAGAGAGACCCACCAGAGCCAGCAUAAGUAUCUCCAAGAUCAGCUGAAGAGUCUGAAGGAUGACCUGGAUGCACAGAAGACAGCCAAAGAUAUCAAUGAUAAGUUGCACGAGGAAAACAUGCGCCUGGGCCGAGACAAGUACAAGACUCUGAAGCAGAUCAGGCAGGGCAACACCAAGCAGAGAGUAGAUGAGUUUGAGUCUAUGUAA